GUUACUGGACAAAAUGUUUUUACUAUGUGUUUACUUUUUCAGUGGGAUAUUCUGCAGUUGCUCUUAAUCAUGUGGUCGAUUUUAAAGAAAAGAAACAGGAAAUCAUUAAGCCAGUAUCUCCUUCGGAGUUGUUUCCAUCUUUGCCUAUUGUACAAGGGACAUCUAAAAGAAUUAAAGUCUUAACCCGGCUGACACUUAUUGUUUCUGAUCCUUCCCACUGUAAUCUCUUGAGAUCAACAUCUGCAAAUAUAAGGUUAUAUGACAUCAUAGCAGUAUUUCCAAAGACUGAGAAGCUGUUCCAUAUCGCUUGCACAACUCUAGAUGUGGAUCUGGUAUGCAUAAAUGUAACAGAAAAGCUGCCAUUCUACUUCCGAAGGCCCCCUGUGAAUAUG